AUGAUCAGAUCAACUGUCACAAGGCAAUUGGUUAGAACUGUCGCUCUAAGACAGUGCCGUUAUGCUCCAGUGGUCCUAAGAACUGCUUGUGUUUCUCCAAAUGUACACAAUCACCGUUUCUACGCUACAAAGAUUCAACCAAAGUUAACUAGUGAGAACUACCCAUCUGUGAAACGUAAUCCAAACUAUAAGCAGCUUUCUAGUGAAGACUUGAACUUUUUCAAGUCUAUUUUGACUGAGAAUGAAAUUUUACAGGCUUCCGAGUCUGAAGAUCUGGCAUUUUACAAUGAGGAUUGGAUGAGAAAGUACAAGGGUCAAUCCAAGAUCGUUUUGAAACCUAAAUCGGUUGAGAAAAUUGCCAAGAUUGUGAAAUAUUGCAAUGAACAAAAAUUAGCAGUUGUUCCACAGGGUGGUAAUACCGGUCUCGUUGGUGGUUCUGUUCCAGUUUUUGACGAAAUUAUACUCUCUGUUGCAAACUUGAAUCAAAUCAGACACUUUGAUCCAGUUAGUGGUAUCUUGAAAUGUGACGCCGGUGUGAUUUUAGAGAACGCUGAUAACUUUUUGGCAGAACAUGGUUACAUCUUCCCACUAGAUCUAGGUGCCAAGGGUUCUUGUCAUGUCGGUGGUGUGGUGGCUACUAACGCAGGCGGCCUAAGACUAUUGCGUUACGGAUCCCUUCACGGUAGUGUUUUGGGCCUGGAAGUUGUUAUGCCCAACGGUGAUAUCGUUAACAGCAUGGACGCCUUGAGAAAGGAUAACACUGGUUACGACCUGAAGCAAUUGUUUAUCGGUUCUGAAGGUACCAUUGGUAUCAUCACCGGUGUGUCCAUCAUGACUCCUACUAGACCAAAGGCUUUCAAUGUAAGUUUCUUGGCAGUUGAGAGCUACGAAGCUGUUCAACAAGUUUUUGUCAAGGCAAAGAAGGACUUGUCAGAAAUUCUAUCUGCCUUUGAGUUUAUGGACUCAAACUCUCAGGAGUUGACCAAGCAACAUUUGCCAGAUUCACCACAUCCGUUUGAAGAUAAGUAUCCUUUCUACGUCUUGAUUGAGACUUCUGGUGCCAACAAGGAACAUGAUGAUGCCAAAUUGGAAGCUUUCUUGGAGAGCGCUAUGGAGGAGGAAUUGGUUGUCGAUGGUGUGGUCGCACAAGAUGAAACUGAAUUAAAGAACUUGUGGCAGUGGAGAGAGAUGAUUCCUGAAUCUUCUCAAGCCGGCGGUGGUGUCUACAAAUACGAUGUGUCCUUGCCUUUGAAAGAUUUGUACUCCUUGGUUGAAGCUGCCAAUACCAAGCUUGCGGAAGCUGGACUUGUCGGUGAAGCUCCAAAGCCUGUUAUUCAGGCCAUUGGCUACGGUCACGUUGGUGAUGGUAACUUGCAUCUCAACGUCGCGGUCAGAGAAUACAGUAAAGAUGUUGAAAAGGCUUUGGAACCAUUUGUUUACGAAUUUGUGUCUUCCAAGCACGGCUCUAUUAGUGCGGAACAUGGUCUUGGCUUCCAAAAGAAGAACUACAUUGGGUACUCUAAAAAUGCGGAGGAAGUUAAAUUGAUCAAGGAUCUGAGAACACAUUACGAUCCAAAUGCCAUCCUCAAUCCUUACAAAUACGUUUAA